GGCGGGGCCGAGGAGCGCUGAGCCGAUGCUGUUGCAGCUUGUUCACCUGCAGCUCAGAGCCGGGGAGAGAGCGGGCGGACAGCGGCAGCGCCCGGGGGCAGUGGAGCCUCGCACCGGGACACUAAGGGAAGCUACAAGCCGGGGGUGGGGGGACCGAGACCGGGAGCAGCAUGACUGGGGGACCAGGGAGCUCCCCAUUAUUCCUACUGCUGCUGACUGGAGCUUUGAGUGGAGCACGGAGCCGGGCAUUGGGGGCUUACGAUGGGAAUGCUUCUGUAUCCAGCGCCUGCACUCCAGGCUUCUCAGCGGACGGUUACACCGCGCUCGUGUCACCGAAUAUCAUGGAAGGACAGAAACUGCUCAAAGUGAAAUUCAACGGCUGCAGUUCGGGAGCACAGGGCAUUUGGUACGAAACCAAUAACCCGGAUUUUAAAGUUGGUGCAGAUGGGGCAGUGUACACGGCACGAGAGGUGCAGAUCCCAGCCAAGCAAGCCAAGUUUAUUGUGGCAGCUUGGGAUCAUGAAACCCCAGAGAAAUGGGAAGCUGCCAUCCAACUCUUCGUGGAAGAGACGCCGCUCAACCAAAGCCAAUAUCAGACUGGAAGCCAGAGCCAGGAGUCAGAACAAGAGCAGUCUCAGAGUGGUACCCUGUUACCGUGGCGACAGCAUCACAAGGGGCUUAGAAGACAGAAGAGGGAUUGGGUAAUACCGCCCGUUAACGUCCCAGAAAAUUCAAGGGGGCCCUUCCCCCAGCAACUUGUGCUGAUUCGCUCUGACAAAGACCGGGACGAUACGAUCCGUUACAGCAUCACAGGAGUGGGGGCAGACCAGCCCCCCAUGGCGAUUUUCAACAUAGACCCCAUUUUUGGGCGUAUGAAUGUGACCAGACCCCUAGACCGGGAGGAGAGAUCAUCAUACCAUCUCAGGGCACACGCGGUUGAUAUAAAUGGGAACAAGGUGGAGAAUCCUAUCGACCUUUCCAUUUACGUCAUCGACAUGAAUGACAACAGACCAGAAUUCUCAAGCCCCAUCUUCAAUGGGUCGGUGGAUGAAGCUUCCAAGCCAGGGACCUACGUAAUGACAGUGACGGCACAUGAUGCUGAUGACAUCAACACUUCUAACGGGAUUGUCAUGUAUCGCAUCAUGGACCAGAGCCCACAGAGUCCAUCCCACGAUAUGUUUGUGAUUCACAGCAAGACGGGAGUUAUAAACACGGUGGCAGCUGGACUGGACAGAGAGAAAGUCCAGCAGUACACAGUCGUCAUUCAGGCCACUGACAUGGAAGGGAAUUUGAACCAUGGACUGUCCAACACAGCCACGGCCAUCAUAACAGUCGCAGAUGUCAACGACAACCCUCCCGAAUUCACAAGGAAGAUGUUCAUCGGAGAGGUUCCAGAGAACCACGUUGAUGUGGUGGUGGCCAAUCUGACCGUUGUAGACCGGGACCAGCCCUACACGUCCAACUGGAAUGCCGUUUUUAAGAUCAUUAGCGGGGAUCCGGACGGUCACUUUACCAUCAAGACAGAUCCAGUGACCAAUGAAGGCAUUGUAACGGUCUCAAAGCCUGUUGACUAUGAAAUGAGCAAAGUCUUUCCCCUCAUUGUCAUGGUGACCAACCAAGCACCUCUGGCCAGUGGCAUCCAAAUGUCCCUCCAGUCUACGGCAGCAGUGACCGUUUCUGUCAAUGAUGUGAAUGAGGCGCCAUAUUUUCCCAAUCGUAAUGAGCCAAUCAGGAAGCUAGAGGGAGAGUCGGCUGGAAGGCUGCUUAUCACAUUCUCAGCUGUGGACCCUGAUCAUUCUAUGCAACAAGUACUCAGAUACUCAAAGAUUUCUGACCCGGCCAACUGGCUCGCCAUUAACACCACCAAUGGUCAAGUUUCUACCACGGCCGUACUAGAUCGAGAGUCUCCAUUUGUGAAGGACGACCUAUACCAGGCCAAGUUUCUGGCUACGGAUAACGGCAACCCUCCGGCUAGCGGCACUGGCACUUUGCUCAUCCAGCUUAUUGAUAUCAAUGAUAAUGCCCCCGAGCUGCUUCCCAAGGACGCACAGAUCUGCGAACGGCCGAAUGGCAACGGGAUAAACAUAACCGCCAUCGAUGUGGACCGCAAGCCGAGUGCUGACCCUUUUGUCUUUGAACUGCCGAGUGUGCCCUAUACCAUCCGCCGUAAUUGGACAAUCCACCGAAUAAACAGUAUCUACGCCCGGCUCAGCCUACAGAUUGGGUAUUUAGAGUCGGGCAUGUAUGACGUCCCAGUCAUUGUCACCGAUUCAGGCAACCCUCCCCUCUACAACACGUCCAUCAUCAAGGUGAAAGUUUGCCCCUGUGACAACAAUGGCGACUGCACAACCAUAGGAGCCGUGGCAGCAGCUGGACUGGGUACAGGAGCAAUUAUCUCUAUCCUCAUCUGUAUCAUCAUUUUGCUAUCUAUGGUUUUGCUCUUUGUUAUGUGGAUGAAGCGCAGAGAGAAGGAGCGACACACCAAGCAGCUUCUGAUCGACCCUGAAGAUGAUGUACGGGACAAUAUCCUGAAAUAUGAUGAGGAGGGCGGCGGAGAGGAAGACCAGGAUUACGACCUUAGCCAGCUGCAGCAACCGGAGACUUUGGACCAUGUUCUGAACAAGGUUGCAGGUGUCAGAAGGGUGGAUGAAAGGCCUGUGGGGGCAGAACAUCAGUAUCCAAUUAGACCCGUUAUACCUCACCCUGGGGAUAUUGGAGACUUCAUCACUGAGGGUCUGCGUGCGGCGGACAACGACCCCACAGCACCACCGUACGACUCUCUCCUAGUGUUUGACUACGAGGGGAGCGGAUCCACGGCAGGUUCCGUCAGUUCUCUCAACUCGUCCAGCUCUGAAGACCAGGACUUUGAUUAUCUGAAUGACUGGGGGCCCCGCUUCAAAAAACUGGCAGACAUGUAUGGAGGGGCCGAUGAGGAUUGAUUUAGCGACAAGCAUCUGACCAACCUACAGAUCUGGACCUCCUCGGUUGUACAGCGAGCUCUUUUAUAUUAUUAAACUCCCGGCUCCCGCCUCUUCCUGGCUGCAUUCUUUUUAGCGCAAAGGGGACGCUGGUUUCCUGCUCCAGUUUGAUUUCUGUUGCCAAUUGCAGCAACUCUCCCUUUCCUGCUUUCCUUUGUGUUCAGUUGAACUCUUCUCUAGGAGACAUUCAUAACCAACCUGUUGAAAUCAAUCACCCCAAUGUCUGGCCCAAUAUAUAGACUCACCCCUCAUUCAGUUUAAAUGUGUGAACCUAAAAGCCCAUCGUACCCUUGUGGUCUCCUGGCAGAAGGUGCAUGUAGCACAAAGGAAAAACAUCCUGGAUAGAACUGCUAAUUAAUUAUAUUAAUUCUAAUUGCUUUCUGUACAAGCCUUGCACAAGGGUAAUCAUGCAAUACAUUUGGCUACCCAUAAGUGAAUGACUUAAUCUGCCUUUUUCUUUGUCCUUUUUGCCUAUUUUUUUUUUGUACAUUUUUGUUUUGGGCUUUUAACCAACCCAGCAUGUCCGUCCCCCUUCCUUGCUUUCACCUCAUUUUCUUAUAUGAAUAUGUGUGUACAUACACACACACACACACACACACACGCACACACUUGUACAUAGAUGAGCAGGGAGACCUGGGGAUGAUGCGAGUAAUAUUCCACUCCAUCAUCUCAACUUGAACAAAAACACAUUUUUUAAAGCACUGUUUUUACAAAUGGAAACAAAAUAAUGACAAAAAAAGUAAAAAAAUAAAAUAAAAAUG